ACCAAUCAAUCCAGUUUAGCGUUGUUGUUGUGCUUCUUCUUCUUUCAAUUUUGAUUUCUUUUGGGUGUAAUUUGGUGAUCGGGGAAGUAGAAAUCUGUGAAAAUGUCGGUAAAAGAAGAAGAGAGAAUGGAGGGUUGCAGAAAUGGCGGCGAUGAGAUGAAAAGGCUUCGGAGGAACGAUGUGGAAAGGGUUUGUCGUGUCUGCGGCAAAGUUUUCAGCUCAGGUAAGGCUUUAGGAGGUCACAUGAGGGUUCAUUUCCGUACGCCAAACGACGUCGUUAGAGUUAGAGCUUCUCCGGCGGCGGUUUCCGACAAGGAGCAUAUUCCGGCGACACCUACCGGAAAUGUUUGCGUCAUCUGCCGCAAGAAGUUCCCGUCGAUGAAGUCGCUGUUUGGCCACAUGAGGUGCCAUCCCGACAGGGGUUGGAGGGGAAUCCACCCGCCGCCGGCGACGGCUAAAAAUAGUACUUCUUCAUCCUCACCAUUUUCCGAUCCAUCGGAAAUCGACUACGACGAAGGCGAAUGCAGGAAUAUUCCGGCGGUCGAUUUAGCAGCGUCGUUGAGGGGUUGGACAGCGACAGCAAAGCGCGGCCGCAGACCCGCCGCGGCGGCGGCGUCUUCUUCAUCGGCGCUGUCGAGCUCCGGCGACGAUGAUCGGCUGCACGACGCUGUUAAUUAUCUAAUGAUGCUUGCUCAGGGGAACCCGGCCCGGCGAGAAGAGUUGGAGGAAUCCGAUGACGGUGAAGGUAGCUUCUGCAAUGAAGAAGAAAUCGAUCAGGUGUUUGGAUCUGCAGGGAAGACGACGAUCACUGAUGGAGCAGUAGUCAAUGAAGUAGAGGAAAAGGGUAGUGGAGAAUCUGUCAACGAAGGUUCGAACGACCACGAAGCCACGACACAGCUAAACGACAAAAGUUGGGAGUACGAGGAUCACGUGUCGAUGAUGACGAAGAGUAAGAAGAGGAAAAGCAUCAGCAGCAGCUUAUCUGAGGGUCCAGGAGCUCCAUCGAAAGUCCUGGACUUCGAUCUGAACGAGAUUCCACACCCCGACGACGAAGAACCUCAAAAUUGA